GCUCUUCUCCCUCCUCCCUUUCACGGCCCUUUAAGUAGCUUUAUUACGCAGAGAAUUCAUUUGUACUACACACAGCCAGAGAGAGGGAGCAGGCAAAGGGAGGGAGAUUUAACCGGCAAAAGUAGCACCGUGGUGCUGGAGGGCAGGGGGUCUGGGGAACCAUGGCAUCUAUGUCAGAGCCAGCAAAGGCCUGGGAUGGCUAGGGGCAGAGGAUGUGUGCACUUAAAUCCACAGCACAAUAUAAAUGUUCUGUAAUACCAGGCAGGAGGCGGUAGGGAGGGGAGAACCUGGGAUAAGAAGACCCCAAUGCUCUGGUGAUGGCAUGGACCGGAAGCCCUUCCAGCAACUGUUUUUACCUUCCUCCCAGCUCUGUCUCCUCCGGGUCCCCCAAAAACAUGAGGGAGCAAGACUGAUGCAGAACCAUUGUUAGCAACCCAACCAUGGCUGGAGAUUCUAGGAUCUUCAUGAACCAGGACAUGGAAAUUGGAGUCACACCUAUGGAUCCCAAGAAGAUUCCCAGACAGCCGCGGGACUAUGUCCCUAUCGCCACGGACCGAACCCGUCUCCUGGCAGCAGAAAUGAAGAAGCCGCGCCAGCGUUACAUGGAGAAGAGUGGCAAGUGCAAUGUGCACCAUGGAAAUGUCCAUGAAACCUACCGGUACCUUAGCGACCUCUUCACUACUCUGGUGGACCUCAAGUGGCGCUUUAACCUUCUUGUCUUUACCAUGGUUUAUACUGUCACAUGGUUAUUUUUUGGGUUCAUUUGGUGGCUUAUUGCCUACAUCCGUGGAGAUCUGGACCAUCUUGAAGAUGAGAACUGGAUCCCCUGUGUUGAAAAUCUCAGUGGAUUUGUCUCCGCAUUUCUGUUUUCCAUCGAGACCGAGACCACAAUUGGGUACGGCUACAGGGUUAUCACUGAAAAAUGCCCCGAGGGCAUCAUACUGCUCCUGGUUCAGGCUAUUCUAGGCUCCAUUGUCAAUGCUUUCAUGGUAGGGUGCAUGUUUGUCAAAAUCAGCCAACCAAAGAAGAGGGCCGAGACCCUCAUGUUUUCCAACAAUGCAGUGAUUUCUAUCAGGGAUGAGAAGCUCUGUCUAAUGUUCCGGGUCGGGGACCUCCGGAAUUCCCACAUUGUUGAGGCUUCCAUUAGAGCCAAGCUGAUCAAGUCCAAACAGACCAAAGAAGGGGAGUUUAUCCCCUUGAACCAAACGGACAUCAAUGUGGGCUUUGAUACAGGGGAUGACAGGCUAUUCCUGGUGUCACCACUCAUCAUCUCACACGAAAUCAACGAGAAGAGCCCCUUCUGGGAGAUGUCCCGUGCCCAGCUUGCGAAGGAGGAGUUUGAAAUCGUGGUCAUUUUGGAAGGAAUGGUCGAAGCAACAGGGAUGACUUGCCAGGCCCGGAGCUCCUACAUGGACACGGAGGUGCUAUGGGGACACCGCUUCACGCCCGUCCUCACCCUCGAGAAAGACUUUUACGAAGUCGACUACAACAGCUUUCACAGCACCUACGAAACCAACACCCCCACGUGCUGUGCCAAGGAGCUGGCCGAAUCUUUCCAAGAGGGCCGGCUCCUCCGCCACCUCUCCAGCGCCACCCUCCUGAGCAGUGGCAGGGAAGCAGAGACAGCAAAAGAGGAACAGGAAGUGGAAGAUGAAGGAAGGGAGGUGGCUGGGGUGAAUGGAGCCAAUGGAACAGCAGGAGAGGUGAAGGCAGAUAUGUCUGUAUAACACGUGGAUCUGUACUGGACAAUAGACAAUACAUGUGCCCCUACUGGGGAAACAGUGGGAUCCAGUGGUUAGGGUACUAGCCUGGCAGUCAAGAGAUAUGGGUUCUAUUCCCAGCUCUGCUACCCACCUUUGGGUGACCUUGGACAAGUCACUCCAUAGCCCUGUGCCUCAGUUUCUCCCAUCUGUAAAACUAGGGUAAUGGUACUUUAUCCACAUUUUCAAAGCAUUUUGAGGUCUAUGGAUAAGACAUGCUAGAUAAGAGAUGUUAUUACUGUUGACGUUCCCCCACAGAUUGCUCUAGAAGAGACUCCUUGGUCGGUCAAAAUUAUUUCCCUUUCAGGGGAUAUUUAAAAAGAGAAAACAUAAAACAAGCUAACAAUCUCCCAUCUCAGUAAGAAGAAUGUAGUUUCGUACCUUCACUUAAUUUACAAGUCAAUGCACUGUAGACAUUAUUACUGCUACAUUAAAAGAGAGGAAAGGAAAAUC